GCGCUCGGUGUCCUCGGGCCGCCAUGCUGCCCGCCGCGCUGCCCGCCGCCCGCCGGGCGCUGCUCCCGCGGCCCCCGCUGCUCCCGCUGCCGCUCCCGCUGCUGCCGCCGCGCCGCGGCCCCGCCGGGCUGCGGGCGCUCGGCACCGGCCCCGCGCGGCGCUCGGAGGCGCUGGCCGGGGCGCCGCUGGACACGGCCGCCAAGGAGUACUCGCCCAAGGUGCGGCAGCUGGUGCGGGACAUCGCGGGGCUGACGCUGCUGGAGGUGGCCGAUCUCAACGCGCUGCUCAAGGAGACGCUGAAGAUCCCGGACGUGGGGGUGAUGCCCGCGGCCGCCGCCGCCUCCCUGCUGCCCGCCCAGGCGGCUCCGCAGGAGGAGGAAGAGGUGGUCCCGCUCAAGAAGGAGAAGACUCAUUUCACCGUCCGACUGACAGAGCUGAAGGCCGCUGACAAGGUGAAGCUGAUCAAGGAGGUGAAGAACUUCGUGCCCGGAGUGAACCUCGUGCAGGCAAAGAAGCUGGUGGAGUCCCUUCCACAGGAGAUCAAGGCCAACGCCUCCAAGGAGGAAGCAGAGAAGAUCAAAGCAGCGCUGGAGGCAGCAGGAGGGACUGUUGUUCUGGAGUAGCCUCGCCGUGGAGGGACUGGUGCUGCAGCUGCUGCCCGGGCCGGGCUCUGGACCUUUCCGAGUGCGCAGUGGGAGCACUCUCCCAGAGAAUGCUGUACGGUUUGGCAGAGCUGCUACUCCUGCCAUCACCAUGAACUCUACCUUAUAAAUACCCAGAAAAACCUGUAAAA